AAUAGCAUGGUUCUUUGUAUAUAAAUAAUCAAUCCACAUAGAUGCAUUCUCCAAAGGACUUUCAUUGUUUCCUCAGUGGGUUCAUUUCCCUUCUCUUCUCUCUGUGUGCCUCCUAAAUUUGCAGGAACCAAUAUACAAUUUAAUUUACACAGGAGCUAUUAAACUCAAUUGUCAAAAUGUCUGGGGGAGAUGCAAAGAAGGGAAGGAGAGUCAUCAUCAUUGGUGUGUCAACCUUGCUAUUGGUGGCUAUGGUUGUGGCCGUCACGGUUGGCGUGAACCUCAAUCACAAUAAGAGUGAAGAGAACAACAUGAAAAACUACAACCAGGUUUCUACCACGGUUAGAGCAGUCCAAACUCUUUGCCAUCCCACUGAUUACAAGAAGGAAUGUGAGGAAACUCUUAUAGCAGAAGCUGGAAACACCACAGACCCAAAAGAACUUAUCAAAAUUGCCUUCAACAUUACAAUCCAGAAAAUUGGUGACAAACUCAAGGAAACUACUUUGUUGCAUGAGAUUGAAAAGGAGCCUAGAGCAAAGAUGGCACUUGAGACAUGCAAGCAACUUAUGGAUCUUUCAAUUGAAGAGUUGACAAGGUCAUUUGAUGAUAUAGGCAAGUUUCAACUCCAGAAUCUGGACAAAAUCCUCAUGAAUGUAAAGGUUUGGCUUAGCGGUGCAGUCACAUACCAAGAUACAUGUUUGGAUGGAUUUGAGAACACCACUAGCGAAGCUGGAAUGAAGAUGAAAGAGCUAUUAACAACAAGCAUGCACAUGAGCAGCAAUGCCCUUGCUAUUGUCUCUCAACUUGCUGACGCAAUAUCAGAUUUCAAUGUCACAAAGUUAACUGGGCGUCGCCUCCUUCUUCAGAAUUUUGAGACUCCAUCAUGGGUUGAUCUUGAUCAUCGUAGACUCCUUGAUGCAAAGAAAAACACACUCAAACACAAGCCUAAUGUGACUGUAGCCAUAGAUGGGAGUGGAGAUUUCAAGAGCAUCAAUGAGGCAUUGAAGAAGGUUCCUCAUCAUAAUAAAAAGCCAUUUGUGAUUUACAUCAAGAAGGGCAUUUACCAAGAGUAUGUUGAAGUUAACAAGCAUAUGACUCAUGUUGUCUUUGUUGGUGAUGGUGGCAAAAAGACAAGAAUCACAGGCAACAAAAACUUCAUAGAUGGAAUUAACACCUACAGAACUGCAACUGUUGCUAUCCAAGGAGAUCAUUUUGCUGCCAUCAAUAUGGGUUUUGAGAACUCUGCUGGCCCUCACAAGCAUCAAGCAGUGGCAUUAAGGGUUCAAGCUGACAAGUCCAUCUUCUACAAUUGCUCAAUGGAUGGGUACCAAGAUACACUCUAUGCACACACCAUGCGCCAAUUCUACCGGGAUUGCACCAUUUCGGGUACCAUUGACUUUGUCUUUGGUAAUGGGCUAGUAGUUUUUCAGAACUGCACUUUUGUGGUCAGAAAGCCAUUGGAAAACCAACAAUGCAUUGUAACAGCACAAGGCAGGAAAGAAAGACAGCAACCAUCAGGAAUAGUAAUCCAAGGUGGUUCCAUUGUGUCUGACCCUGAGUUCUUCCCAGUGAGGUUUGACAAUAAGGCAUAUCUUGCUCGUCCAUGGAAGAAUUACUCUAGAACUAUCAUCAUGGACACCUACAUUGAUGAUUUGAUUCAUCAUGAUGGCUACUUGCCAUGGCAAGGAUUAGAAGGAUCAUCUGGCAUGGACACUUGCUUCUAUGCUGAGUACCACAACAUAGGACCAGGUUCAGAUAAAUCAAAACGUGUACAUUGGGCUGGAAUCUGGAACCUCAAUUCAAAAGCUGCACAUUUGUUCUCCCCAUCCAAGUUCUUCCACGGAGAUGAUUGGAUUGAGGUUACUGGAAUUCCCUAUUUUACUGGCAUUCCAGACCACCAUAGGCACAAGAAAACAUUACUUAAUUGGUGAUGGUGCUAGCAGAGACUAAUAAUUGUUUUCCAUUUUGGUGAUUUUUUGUGUAGUGGCUAGUCAAUGGCCCUUUAUGCAUGUAUCAUUACAUCUACAUGUGUAUUCCAUUGUUUAUUUAAUUAUAUUUGUU